UAAUGUUGCGGUGCGAAUACCCAUGAUAGCUUGCUACGUAGGAUAGCUAAGUGUAUAUAUAACUUUUUGUACUUUGUAUUGGUCUUGUCUGUUCCAUGAGCGCAAAAAUGAGAACUUUACAAACAGCCAGGGACAAGGGUGAACUAAAAACCGAAGGCUUUACAGUUAAGUCGACCAUGAAGAACUCUGUGGUCAUGGGCCCACCAGUGGCGGGGGCUUUCCGGGAGAGACCAGCCAAGCCCACGGCCUUCCGCAAGUUCUAUGAGCGCGGAGACUUCCCCAUCGCUCUGGAACAUGACACCAAGGGCAACCGAAUCGCCUGGAAGGUAGAGAUUGAGAAACUGGACUACCACCACUACCUGCCUCUGUUUUUCGACGGGCUCCGCGAGACGGUGCACCCCUACGAGUUCUUCUCCCGGCAGGGCGUCAACGACAUGCUGGAGCACGGAGGCCCCAAGAUCCUGCCCGUCAUCCCCCAGCUCAUCAUCCCCAUCAAGAAUGCCCUGAACACCCGGAACAGGCAGGUCAUUUGCACCACCCUGAAGGUCCUGCAGCACCUAGUGGUUUCGGGGGACAUGGUGGGAGAGGCACUGGUGCCCUACUACAGGCAGAUCCUGCCCAUCCUCAACAUCUUCAAGAACAUGAACAUUAACUCUGGAGACGGGAUCGACUACAGCCAACAGAAGCGGGUGAACAUCGGGGACCUGAUCCAGGAGACCCUGGAAGUGUUUGAGCGCUAUGGGGGUGAAGACGCAUUCAUCAACAUCAAAUACAUGGUCCCCACUUACGAGUCCUGCCUGCUGAACUGAGAGAUCUCUACAACCAGCACCCCCACCCCGGCACCGUCCAUUUCACCUCUUGACCCGUCCGAACAACCAUUGUAAAUUAUUAAAGUCAUAACCACACAUCAUUAUUUCAUUUUUCUAUUUUCUGAAUGUA